AUGAGUAAAGUCAAACCCAAAGAAAUGACACGUGAGAAAUCCACACACAUAGAGAAUAUUUUAAAUAGACGAACAGUAAACUUAUCUGGCAUUCAACUUACGCAGUCGGAAACAAACCUUCUACGUAAGGGACUUAACUUUUGCCCAACACCACCGCCACCAGGAAAAUAUGAAAUCAGUAAGGACAUUGAUGCCUUUGCCCGUAGACUAACCCUUAAGGAAUAUCACACUCCUAAGAAUAUAGAAGACGUAAUAGACGGCCCUGGAUACCAACCAUCGAUUCUUCAAAAAUUGAACCAGAAGGAGCGCAAGGUGUAUACUGGACCUUCAAGGGAACCAUACCUUAAUACAUAUAUUGACAAAUUAAGGCAAGAAAUCAGUGAUGAGACUUUGCACAAUCUACGAUCUCCACGCAAUAAUCUAACCAAACGUGAGAGAGCAGCUUUGUUUAGACUAAGCAACAACACGGACAUAAUCAUCAAGCCCGCAGACAAAGGCGGAGCUACGGUCAUCAUGAAUGCAAAGGACUAUGUAAAGGAGGCUAAACGCCAACUAGACAAUGAAGAAUAUUACAAGAGAGUAGGAAGAGAUCUCACUCUUGAACACGAACAGCUCAUAAACCAGUGCUUAGAUACACUUAUGGACGACGGAGAAUUAGAAGAAGAAGUAGCUAAACUCUUAAGACCAGCACAAUCAAGGACUCCUAUAUUCUAUAUGCUCCCCAAAAUACACAAAGUUAACAAUCCAGGUAGACCAGUAGUAUCCUCCGUGAACAGCCACACGGAGAAGCUAUCAGCUUAUGUGGACGAAUUUUUGAGACCUAUAGCAGAAAAGCUACCGUCAUACAUACAAGAUACCACACACUUCAUUAAGCGAAUACGGAGUUUGGGCAAGUUACCCGAAAAGUGUUACUUAGCAACUCUGGACGUAUCAAGCCUAUAUACGAAUAUAGACACAGACGAAGGACUCACUAUUGUGGAGGAAGAGCUAGGCAAAACGAACCAGAACAAGCCAUCACCGAUGACAUUAUCGUGUCUCCUCGAGAAGGUUCUUAAGCUUAACAACUUUACCUUUGGCAAUGAACACUACAUUCAAAUCAAAGGAACAGCCAUGGGAACCAGAGUCGCUCCCAACUUUGCAAACGUAUACAUGGGUAGACUUGAAGAAAGAUUCGUGUACCAAACAGAGUGGAUGGACCAUAUCAUACUCUGGUGUAGCACCCUCAAUCAAGUUUACACACGAAAUCUCUGCACAUUCAGUGAAUUUCCUUGA